AUGAAACCAACAAAAUAAAUAUUUAAUGAAAAUGACUUAGCAAAACAAGAAUAAGAUAAAGUUAUAUUAAAUGUUUCUGGUUGGUAACCUACCAAAAUUUCAUAAGCCUUCCCUCUAACUAGAACUGAUUAUUCUAUUAUUUUUACUGAGGAUCAUGAGGUAAUAUACAAGCAAUAGGGAAAAUAUCUAAAAAUUUAUAAAGAGGAAGAUUUUUAAUAUUCUGAAAUUAUCUACAAUUUAGAAAGGCUCAAUAAAUUAGAGUGGAAGGGAAAGCAUGAUUAAAAUCAAUAAGAAUUUUCGAAAUAAAAAGCAUUUUGGGAUGGGGAACUAACAAAAUUAGGAGGAGUUUGCACAAAAUAGAGAUUAAGGAUAGGAAUAUGGGUGGAACCAUGGGAAAACUAUUGGAGUGGAUGUUAAGUCACUUUUGAAGGGUACUAUGAUGAAAAUGGUCAUAGAGUGGAAAAAUGGAAAUAUAGGGAUGAAUCAAAUGAAGAAAUGUAAAAUAGAUAGUUUGUUUUUAGUGGUGGUGGUUAUUUCCAAGAUGAUGGUUAAAAAUCUGGUAUUUGGAAAGAGUUGCAGGUAGCUUAUAAUGGAAUGUAAUUUAAUUUAGAUUACAAUAGAAAUAAUCAAUCAAUAUAAAUUGGAUAGUAUAAUAAAGGACUUAAAUAUGGGGAAUGGAUGACAAUCUACAAUAAAAAGAUUAUUGGUGGAGGAAUUUACAAUGAGAAAGGUCAUAAAGUUGGCAUGUGGAUCGAAUAAGUUGAUCAUUUUUCGAAGUAGAUUAUUAUUCCUAAUGAUAUUAAAUCAGCAAUAAUCAAUCCACAUUUAUAGGAAAGUACAAUACUAUGGGAAUGA